ACUGGUUCCGUCGCCCGGCGUGUCUGAGGCGCGUUGGUUUGUCCGGAGGAGGGGAUUGCGCCUUUUGGGCGUCUUUGUCGCUGUUAUGAAGCCGAGAAGAAAUACCAAAAGAGUUCCAAGCUUCCGCAAAUUAUUGAAGACAAGUAAAAUCAAACUUGACAACAAGUUAAAAAACAAACAGUUCAAACAGCAGAGUACAGCCAAGAAAUACCGAAAGGAACAGAGGAAACUUAGACAAGCUGUCAAAGAUGUUGUAUCCAGGGCACCAAUGGCUUUGGAUGAUAAAAAAAAGCAUCCAGCGGAAAGGGAGGAAGAAGAAAAAGAAGAAGCACUCCCUCUUGAUAUGAUGGAUGAAGAUGAUCUGAAAUUAAUGGAAGAGCUGGCUCAAAAGGCAUCUUUUAUAACAAGAGAUCUAACUUCCAAGUAGGUGUUAGCAAAUUGAAUAACUAUAAGUUUUU